AUGGACUGCGGCACCGCCGGCACCGCUGCGGGUAUCGACCCCAAAAUCCUCGACAAUUGGCAAACAGACGGCUUUUCGUCGUGGGAAAGAUACGACCAGCCGCCCGAGUGGGACACCAGCCAGGAGUCCAGCCAGUGCGAUGCCGAUAUCGCCGAUCUAGGGUCCUUCCAGGGCCCGUUGACGAGGUCGCUGUUGGAUCAGUCCAGCGAGUUUCGCAAUAGUAGUAUCGCGCCUGACAACUUCAACUACACCGACGGCACCAUCGAGGGCACCGGCAGCGGCACCAUCAGUCCCAGGACGAUCCCCUCCUCAACCGAUGACAAUUUCCAUUCCGAUGAGUCCUGGCCACACUUUCAGCUCAUCAACUCUGUCGGGGGGCUUGGGAUGCCCGUGGAAACACCUCUCCUCUACCCCUACGGCAAAGGACAGACCCCUUCUGCCGGUGCGGUUAUCGUCGACGAUGCAGGCGAGGUGCCGCAUGAUCAUGGAUUCUCAAACGCCUCGGCGGAGGCCAUGAUGUCGUUCCAUCAGAUCCCGGCAUCCUUUCAACUGGUGCCGGAGCCUUGGGCGGACCUCACACCGGACAUGUCAAUGAACCAUGUAGAUCCAGCGCAAGGCUCCGUUCCACUCGCAAUGCAGUCACAGCAGCCCAAAGACUCUUCCCUGCGGGAGUUUGAAACCGCGUCCCGGUCUCUCGAGUUACGCUGGCUCGAUGGGUUGGAGCCCCAGUCCCAGAUGACGGCUGGCUCGCUCCAAACAACCGCCUCAGCGUACCAGAAAAAUGACCAAACAGACCAUGUUCAAUACAAGUCCGAGAACUCGUCCGUCUCGGGCGACCUGUCUGGACUGUACGAAUGCUCCUAUUCUGCGACCAGCGACGACCCCCCUGCCUUUGCAGAACACAAACUGGAUGAGGAUGAGUGGAAAGUCAUUACUCCAGACUCCAGUUCCCCCGAGGCCUCCCACCCUGUCCCCGCUUUCGUAGUCACCGAGACUCCAAUAGAAUUGCUCACGGAUAAGCCGUCAAAAUCGCGAUCCUCCUCAUCUGCCGGUCAACGCACGCUCGCCAUGCAGUCUCCGGCUACGGUCCGCAAGCGCAAGAACCGCAAUUCAGCCAAUUCCUCAGACAAGACCCCAGCCAAGCCGCUGCAGAUUGUCCAGGAAGAUGGACAGGGCGGCGCCAUUGCGUCUGCAGACUUUGUCACACCCCCCGCGGGGCUCUGCGAUGGAAUCUCACCAUGCACUGCCUGCCGUCCUACUCUCCACGAGCAGCCCUGUGCGCGUGCUUGCUUUUCCAGCAUUGUUGAGUUUGGAACCUGCAAUUAUAUCUCUCAACGAGCUGUCAAUCAUCCCACGAUCGAUGGAUCCACUAGAGUCCGCAUGGAGAUCCCGUCCGAAUUCGAUCUGAAUCAACUCCUGUCUUUCCUGGGGCAGCGCCAAGGGCGGUUCAACAUCCGCGCCAGCCAGUCUUGGGGAUCCUUGUAUGUCCUCGACCUGGGCGAGACGUACAAAUUCCUGAAGGGCCUGAGCGAGUACAAUGGCAAUUUGAAGUCGACGUUCCUUGAUUUCAUCGACCGUCGAAUCGUCGAGUCCAAGGACAAAUCGAAGAACUGGUUGUCUUGCGUCAAGGACUGCGACCCGAUGAACAAUGCUUAUUCACUUCUGUCACAAUGGAACAACAUGCCCAGCCGUGCUCGAUACAGUUUUGUCUCACUCGACUCAACAAGUGACGAGCGAUCCAUGGACAUCAAUAACCCGGAACAUCAGCGCGACAUCCUGCUAGCUGCGCAACUCUCCCGCAUCGUGUGCCGCAUGCUCGAAGUCGAAGGAUUCCGCAAACUAGAGCGCGACUUCUACAACAUCAAGUGGAAGCAGAUCUCGCACGAAACUCACAUCCGUUUCCUGGGGGAAUUGGGCCAGAUCCUGCUCACCCUCCGCUGGCGCGUCUCUUGGUGGAAGUGUCUCGGCGACGGCGGCCAGAACCCCGAUCCCAGCCAGCAGCACUAUGUCGACCGCGUCGAUCUGCUCUGCCGCAUUCUCUACGUCUAUUAUACAUGCGUCCUGGCAAAGCUUCCCGCGUGGUCGAUGAACGAUGUCCCCAAGGGCAUCUGGUCCUCAUACGCCGACUCGGCCAACGCCGUGUGGGAUGAUUUCCCCUCUGACCCGACCGACGCGGGAUUCCAGGUCUGGAUGGAUCGUGGCCGCGAGUUGAUCGAGCAAGCUGGCGUCCCAUCACAGAUCUCCAAGUUCCGUAGGUGA